CAUGAAUGAAGGUGUGUGUUGCUGAGUCCGACUUGGACAUUAUCUGGACUGGGCCUGGUUUAAAAAACCCUUUAAACAAAUCUAAUUUCAUUGACAACCUGGUCUGUUGAAGAUAAGGCCCUUUUUUAAAAAAUAAAAUAAAAUAAGAUAAAUAAAUAAAUAAAAAUUUCUUGGAUAAAAAAGAAAGUAAAACAAUAUAAAAAUAAUUACAUAAAAAAAAUAGUAAUUAAUGAAAAUGUUAGUGGACCAGCAGCCUAUACAAUCAUGUGUGCUUCAGGGACUGUGUCCCUUGCAGAUGUGUUGUCUAUGUUGUGGGAACCAGAAUAUUGGUAGCAGAAAGAAAUAACCCCUUUUGUGUGAGUGGGUGUGGAUGAGUGUGCAUGGGGGAGGUUGUUUGGGUUGAUGCACUGAUUGAAAGUGUAUCUUGUGAUUUUUCUAUGUAGAUUUAAUUUAAAAAAAAAUUAUUUUUUUUUUUUAUUUUUUUAUUUUUUUUAAUUAUUUUUUUUAGAACAGGCCCGCGGGCGACUCAUCUGGUCCUUACGGGCAACCUGGUGCCCGCGGGCACCGCGUUGGUGACCCCUGAUAUAAUGUGUAACGCUAGUAUUGUAUUACAUUGCAUUGAAAAUACCUCUAGUGGCAGAAAGUUUGAAUUACAUCAUUCUGAAGCUCUCAAACGUCUUCUUCCAUUGGUUCCCUUUGGUCACGUGUUCAUUUCAAAGAUGGCGUCUCCAAAUGGAGGUGAAGACUUUGAGACCUCUUUGCUCAGUUUUGAAAAUCUGGACAGAGCAUCCCCUGACCUUUGGCCAGAGCAGCUGCCCGGAGUCGCUGAAUUUGCUACAUCUUGUAAAAAUCCUAUCACAGAUUCUCCCCCUAAGUGGAUGGCUGAGCUAGAGAGUGAGGACAUAGAGAUGUUAAAAGAGCUCGGUGCCUUGACAACAGCUAACCUGAUGGAAAAGGUCAAAGGUCUUCAGAAUCUCGCUUAUCAACUGGGCUUAGAAGAAUCCAGAGAAAUGACCAGAGGCAAGUUCCUGAACAUCUUGGAAAGGCCAAAGAAGUGACACUUGUUUUUUUAACAUUUUUAAAAAGUAUUAGAUAUGUGGGACUGCAAGAUGAAUUGAAUUACCUGAUUAAUUAUAUCACCAAACUAUCAAUUCCUAAAUGGAGCAAAACUCUGAACCUGUUGUUCUCCAAAAUACUAUUUUAUUUACUUUGCACUUACGUUUCUUUAUUUAUACUCAUUUCCAUUUUAACACUGUUGCGGUUUGCUUCACUAAAAUAAAUUUUA